AUGGCGAGCCGCCUUUCUUUGCACUUGCAGCUCUCGACCAUCAUGGAGACGAUGGCCAAGUCUGUCCUGGGUCAGGUCUUCAAAGUGGUGGAUGAGGACUCGGCUAAACUGCGGUCGGAGCUCUCCAGGCUUCAGUUUGCAAAUACAGCAUUGGCAGAGAAAGUGCACAGCCUCGAAUGUGAGCUAACGAUUGUAAGAAACGACUCCUCCAAGCUGUGUAAAAGUCACCGAAGCCUAGGUGUCCAAACUGGCUCCUGCAGAGAUGAGGAGGCGCCCGAUGUCCCUGCUCCUCUCACUAUAGAUGAGAUCUUUGGGAAAGACUGGUGUAUGAACCUGUGGAAAGACAAAGACAGUCUGCAGAAACGCACAGACUCAUCACAAUUUCCUGAGAAGUCUGUAGAAACACUCUCUGAUGAAGUAACAGUUACUGAUGUCAAAGAGGGGCCAUACUUGCCGGUUGCUGCUCCUUUUUCCCAGCAGAAAACUCUCAACACUAAAGAUCAUGAAGAAAGCAUGGCCGAGGAAUCAAAGCAGCUGUCAGUGGAUUACUCUGUGGAUGGCAGCAGCACUAGUAGCUUGCUGUUGGAGCAGGCUGGAGAGCAAGUCAUGUCAGCGGGAUGUACUGAAAAAACAACUGUUCAAAUGAUAUCUGUCAACGAUACAGAUAAGACCUUCAGCAGUCCUAUCAUUUCAAUAGACUUAGAAGAUGAUGACGAUGUUGUUGAUGAUGACGAUGAUGAUGUCCAAUUUGUUCAAGCAAGCCAACAGGAGCCAGCACAGACCUCUGCAGCUGGGCCCAGUCAAGACAAACAGCAGCUGUUACCAGUAAACACUGAAAAUCACACAGCUGCAGAAGAAAAUUCACAUGGCGACAUCAAUGUGCGUAAUGGACAAAGCAACACAGCUUCAAAUAUAGGCACUUUAACAUGUCAAAUAUGUAGUAGGACAUUCUUUCACACAAGCACUUUGACAAACCACAUGAAGUCACACAAGUCCAACUUCUGCAGCAUUUGUAAGCAGUAUUUCCCCCAAGGAAAGAAAAACUCCCACAGCUGUGUGCCUCCUGUUAGCUCACAGAGAAACACCAAGUCAUGCAAUUUAUGCGGCAAGAGGUUUAAUACCCAAUCAGCUCUGAGGACUCAUCAUGUCGUCCACACAGGAGAGAAACCAUACAAGUGCGGCUUAUGUGAAAAACGGUUUACCCAGAAAGGCAACCUAAAAUGUCAUCUGCGUAUCCAUACUGGCGAUAGGCCUUUCCGCUGCACGGAAUGUGGGAAGACCUUCACGCAGAAGGUGAACCUCAGUCAUCAUGUGAUGGCACACUUAAAUCGUGACAUUGCUGGAGAAACGCCAGAUGGUCAGAAACAGGUCGAAGAUGGUACAGCAGAAACCUGUUUGUGA